CGAGGCGGGCCGCUGCUGGGCCGGCUGCUGGCGUGCGUGGGGAGGGCCGCUCGCUGCCGCAGUCGCGCCGUCGCCGGAGCCGCCGCUGGUCCCGGCUUCCCGCCCGCGUCCUCGCCCGCAAUAUGCCUCCGCUGCCCUCGGGCUGCUCGCCAUGCCGGGGGCCUGCGGGCGCCUCUCCUCCCUGCUCCUGGGGCUGGCGGCCGCGAUGCUGCUACUGAUGGUACGGCCGCCUCACGUCGACGCAGCCGCAGCCACCCACCCGCAGCGGCAGCGAUCGGCGCUGCCGGGGAGCGACCCCGCCGCCGCGGCGGCCUCAGGAUCUGUUUUUAUGCUAAAAGUUCAAGUCAAUGACAUUAUCAGUCAUCAGUACCUGCGACAAGCGGUUGUAGAAGUGUUUGUUAACUACACAAAGACAAAUUCUACUCUUACUGGAAACAAUGGAGCAGUAUUAAUAGCAGUUCCAUACAAAUUAGGAGUAAGCUUAACUAUCGUAUCGUACAAGGAUGGCUACAUGUUAACACCUUUGCCUUGGAAGACUGGGAGAAUGCCAAUAUACUCUUCUGUGACGCUUUCAUUAUUCCCACAAAGUCAAGCUAAUAUAUGGCUGUUUGAAGAUACUGUCUUAAUUACUGGAAAACUAACUGAUGCCAAAUCUCAACCAAGUGUUCAGUUUCCAAAAUUUUUAAUAAAGCUUCCAACAAAUCAACAUAUUACAAAUGUUACAGCCUAUCUGACAGUGCCAGAGCAGUUUUUGAAAGUAGACAGCUUUGUCUAUACAACAGGAAUUCUUCUAAAUAAAUCAGGUUUCAAAAGCAUGGAAUUAGCUCCUCUUGCUGCAGUAUGUGUAAACAUCCGUUUGACUGGGAAAGAACUAAAAGUAAAUGGUCCCAUUCAGAUUACACUUCCUCUUCCCACAAGUACUGUAAAAUCCGGAGAUGCUGUACCUGCGUGGACGUUUGAUAUGAAAACUGGUGCUUGGGUAAGCCGUGGGCUAGGAAUGGUAAAGGAAGCAGAUGGUCAAUUAGUAUGGACAUACACUGCUCAACACUUAGGCUACUGGAUAGCAGCUCCACUGCCUGGAGCAAGAGAAUCCAUUAUUAGUGCGGUUUCCAAGGAUAUCACAGCCUAUCACACAGUGUUUCUUACGGCCAUCCUGGGAGGUACUGUUGUCAUUAUCAUUGGAUUUUUUGCUGUUCUUCUUUGUUACUGCAGGGAUAAAUGUGGUCGGACACAAAAGAAGGAAAAAAAUACAACUAAGCUGGAGGUCAUCAAAAAAGACCAGACUACAUCAACUACGCACAUAAAUCACAUCAGUGCUGUCAAAGGGUCUUUGAAGUUGGAGGAUAAGUCACAGUUAUACACACCGAAGAUUUCAUACAGCCCUCAAAGAAGGAUGUCCAUAGACACAGAAGAUGGAAAAUCACGAGACAAUUUUAAAAUCUACACAGAGGAUGCUUCUUACCAGUCAUCCUGUCAGACUCGUCAGUCAAGAAAUUCAGCCCAUUCAUUGGAGCCUAAUGCUGGAGUUAGGCAUUUACAGCAGCUGAAGCAUAGUAGCAGUACUAUUUCCCAGGCUCCCAGGGACAUUCAAGACCAAAAUAGAUACCUUUCACUGAAAGAGGAGACGUAUGGGCUCUCCCAUAUCCCAGAACACCUGAUGCAUAUUUACAAUCAACCUAUUGCUAUUCUUCAAACCUCUGACCUUUUCCACUCACCAGAACAAUUGCAUCCUGCUAAAUCAGCAACUUUGCCAAGAAAAGGGCAGUUAGUUUAUAGCCCCAUGAUGGAACCCAUGAAUCGUGACAGUUACAUGCAAACUUUACCGAAAAUGCCAGUGCACUCUCUUCCACAGCCUUCUGUCUGCAGAGAUGAAAACAGUGUGUUAGAUAGUGAAGAGGGCUUACCAUCUCAGACGUCAAACUGGGGGCGGUACACUAAUAGCUUACUGGAAUCUGUCUCUGUUCCUGGGACACUGAAUGAAGCAGUUGUAAUGACUCCAUUUUCAUCUGAACUUCAAGGCAUUUCAGAACAAACAUUAUUGGAACUCUCUAAAGGAAAACCAUGUCCACACCCUCGAGCAUGGUUUGUGUCCCUGGAUGGAAAGCCAAUUGCUCAAGUGAGGCAUUCUUUCAUAGAUCUGAAAAAGGGCAGAAAAACAGAGAGUAAUGAUACCAGUCUGGACUCUGGUGUGGACAUGAAUGAGCAUCAUCCUGGUAGGAAACUGGAGAGAGAGAAAACUUUCAUUAAAAAUAUGCCCCAUUCUAAGAUCCUUUACUUGGAAGACCUGGAUCUGAGCAGCAGUGAAAGUGGGACCACUGUUUGCACUCCAGAGGACCAGGCUGUGAGAUACCUGAUGGAUGGAGGGAAUGGGCCAGUCAUAGCACAGCAUGAUGAAGAAGGUCUGAAAAGAAAAACUGUAUCAGGAAGUCAUGAAUCUGGUAUCCCUUCUGCUAAAAAAAGGGAGAGACCAUCUAUCAUGAGAAGAGAUAGCAAAACCAAUAUAUGGAAGAAAAGAGAGGAGAGGCCACUUCUUCCUAUAAAUUAAAACACAAUGUGCUUUGUGUUGUUGCUCUCCCUGCUGGUUAUUGACCUCUUGGCUGCUUCUGUAUUUCUGCAGUGUUGGGUUUACAAGGGAAAUGUUGUUUUCUGGUAUCAAGAAAAGUUACUCUUUUUUUUAAUACCGAUUGAGUUAUUAAACUUCAACUGGGCAAUUGAUAUUCAAUGUGAAUUGAAAACAGGGAAAUGCUACUAUUAAAAUUUUUCCAGUUCCUAAUUUUGCUGGCGGUACAGGGGAAAGCCCACAUUUUAAUCAGCCUGUCAUUCUUGGACGCACCUCUGGGAAUGCACAGUGAGAAAUGUAGGCACGUUUUAAUUUUUUCGUACUUGUUGUUAAUGCAUUGGUAGACUAGUUAAAGCAAUUCCUCAGCCUUGUUCCUAGUCAAUGUGACCAUCCCUGUAAAGUAUUUUAUAUGUGAACUUUUCUAGCAAUCUGUUACUACUUCUUUGUAUAAUGUAAAAUGUUUUGUCGGUUAGUCCAAGGCCACCAGCAGAUGAGCUGUUGGAUUUAUCAGCGGAGCUCUAUAGCAUUACUGCCUGCCUUGUGUGCCCAUCCUUAUGCAAAAAUUUUCCAUUCCAUAUGGCAGUGGCAGAACAGGGAAGUGUACAAGUUCUGUGGCCACUGCAGUCCAUGGUCCCUGCUGUUUUAAGAUGUUGCCCACCUGCUUUGUUUUAAUUUACUUUGUUUACAUCUGCUAUGAAGCAUCCACAUCCAGCAGAAAAGGACUGGUUCUGGCAGCAUUUGAAACUGCUUUUACUAUUGAUCCCAGUGUCUUGUUUUGGCUUCAUAGUCAGUUAAAAUCUUUUCUGCAUGCUGUUGGGCCAGUUGUGCUCCAGGACAUAGUCUUUAAUCCUGCAUAUUUAUAAGUCGGAGUUAGUCCCAUAAUGAAAAGGUAAUGCAAUUUUAGACAAAUUAUGUCUUUGAGACAGGUUCCUUUAGCAGGAAAAUCCGGCACUGUUGUUUUUUGGUUUAUGUUUAAAAAAAAUGGAAGAUCAUCAAAGGUUUAUGUGCCUACAUUUUGCCAGCCUGAGCUGCUUUUGUCUAGGUUGUGCAUUGCAGAGGGGUUAAACAGGCUUUAAAAGUUGGGGGGUUUUAUGAGCAUGAGAGAGCAGAUGACAACAUUUGAUCUAUAAUGCAAUAUAAAUACUACUUAUGACUCAGAGUUAAAUUUACCAAAAGUCAUGAAUGCAUGAAAUGUAACUAAGAUAUGUAUAGAGAAAGGAAAAGGCCAUCAGAAUAUUCUUUAUUUUUAAUAAUCAUUUUGUCAAAGUGAUCGCUUCAACUUUGGCUAACAGAAAAGUAGAUGCAUUCUUUAAUGUGCUUCAUAUAGUAUAUAGAAUGUCUUUCAGUGGCUUUGAAGCUGUUUCCCUGAUAAAAUAAGUUCCAGCAUUUUGGCUUUGGCAGUUUGAUUAUAAAUCAUCCUAAAAAAAGCUUUCUAACUGUUUCCCUUAGAGCUUGGUUAAGGUUCUAUACCAAGAUCCAAAUAUGUAAUGCCUGUAUUUGAAUUGUGGGGUGAGGUGCACUUGGUUGUCUGCCCUGUAGCACACUCAAGCAUUGGGAAAUACUCUAUGCAGCUGGGCUUCUGGGAAUAUUUACUCAGGAAACAUUACUGUGAAAUAUAUCUGUUGUGUUGGGAUUGUCAGUUGUCUGGUCCUGUUGUAGAAGAAGUAUGUAAGGUAACCAGAAUGGUACUAGCAAUACAUCAAUCCAACUUAUGCUGUGGAGUUGCUACAUGAGCAAAAUAUGAUGAUCCUUUUGAGUUCACAAAUAUGAAAGCGUACAAUAAAUUCGAGGUAGGUGUGCAAGUAAGUCCAUGAUUAAAUUGGCUAAACGAAUCUGCUUUAAUUACACAAUUUGUCUGUUUCAGAGGUGAAGAUGGCUUGUAGUAGCAUGCCUUUGGUACUUUUUUUAGGUAACUGAUUGAUUUUUCCUAUACCAAAUACAUUUUCACAUUACUUUUUUUUUUCUAUAUGCAGUUCCACUGGAUUUUGUGCGUGACUAUCUAGCCCCAAAUACUGAUAUUUUCCUCCUUUGCUUCAGUAGGAAUCAGUGUAUAUCUUUUCUGUAGAUGCACAUUUCUUCUGAAAGCUGCUUUGAUUUUUGAGGCUUAAUAUUGCCCUGCUCUUAAGAGUUCCAUCAGUUCUGAUGGCUCCCUUUUCAACAAGAAAGAAUUAUAUAUUCUGUUGAACAUAAUAGCAAAUCCCUGACUAACUAAUGGUUUUGAGAUGUUACCGUUAACUUGAUAUGUCUCUGUUUGAAAUGUUGUUCACCUGCAGUAACAAUAUAUUGCAGAUUUCUUUCAAUGCAUUUUUUAAAGUGUAUAUGCCAAAACCACAUAAUUUUUCAAACUUACUUGUAUGAUUAAAAAAUGCAGAUUACUGCAAAUGGCGUUACUCAUUUGAGUUCAAGGGAAUGAAGUUUUGCACUCCAGUGUUCUUGUUCUGCAUGAGAGUAGGUAUCUGGUCACCAAAGAAAAAGGAUUAGAAAUGUUGAAAAUAUCAGUUAUAACUUGAAAACUUCAGAGUAAUGGUGCCAAAAGAUGUACCGAUGUAGUGCAGAUUCUUGUCUGCUCUGCUAGCUGAUUGAGAGCAAAGUGAGUUUGGCUCUGUACCAUCAUUCGAAAGGAGCUUUUGGCUGUCUGGAUUAGUCACAGUUGUUUUACUCUCCACAUAUGGUAGUGUAAAAUGGCCCUUAAAAGGGCUGUGCAUCAGUGAGGCAUUUCAGCAUUUAGCCAACAAAGCAAGUCAAAGUGGAACAGAUCUUGCAAGAAGUGUCAACCGCACCACACAGCUUGGUGUCAUCAGCAAACUUGCUGGAGGUGUGCUUGAUCCCACUGUCCAUGUUGCCAACAAAGAUGUUGAACAGCGCUAGUCCCAACACCGACUCGUGAGGAAAACCCUUGUCACUGAUCUCCACUUGGACAGUGAGCUGUUAACUGCAACCCUUUGAGUGCAACCAUCCAGCCAGUUCCUUACCCACUGAGUGGUCCAUCUGUUAAAUCCAUGCCUCUCCAGUUUGGAGACCAGGAUGUCAUGCGGGACAAUGUCAGAUGCCUUGUACAAGUCCAGGUAUAUGAUGUCAGUUGCUCUUCCCUUAUCCACCAAUGCUGUCAGUCCGUUGUAGAACACCACCAAAUUUGUCAGGUAUGAUUUGUCCUAACUGAAACCAUGUUGGCUCUCACCAUUUACCUCCUUAUUUUCCAUGUGCCUUUGCAUAGUUUCCAGAAGCAUUUGCUCUGUGAUCUUGCUGUGCACCAAGGUGAGACUGUUGCCCUGUUUUCCUUUUUUCUCUUUUUAAAAAUGGGGGUUAUGUUUCCCCUUUCCAGUCAGUGGGAAGUUCAUCAGACUGCCACGACUUCUCAAAUAUGAUAGAAAAUGGCUCGGCAGCUACAUCCACCAGUUCCCUCAGGACCUGCAGACGUAUCUCAUCAGGUCUCUUGUACUUGUACACCUUCAGGUUUCUUAGAUGAUCUUGAACCUGAUCUUCCCCUACAGAAGGUGGUUCUUCAUCUCCCAGUUCCCACCUUUGCCUUGUGUGACUUGGGCAAUGUGGCUGGAGCACUUGACUGUGAAGACCGAGACAGAGGAGUCACUGAGUACUUCAGCUUUCUCCAUGUCCCAGGUAGCCAGGUAUCCCAUUUGCUUCCAGAGAGGAAAUUUUCCCUUUCUUCCUUUUAUCACCAGUGUACCUAUAGAAGCUUUUCUUGUUGCUCUUGAUGUCUCUGAUUAGAUUGAAUUGUGUCUUAUCAUAUAUAUAUGUUUGGCUGUUGCUUCUACCCAUGCCAGCCAAGCAACAGCUGUCUUUGCUUGCUUUGUAGAUUAGAACCCAUAUGCCAUCUUUUCUGUGUGUAACUUGCUAGCAUUUAUCACAUGAUGUCUUUAUGUUGCUGGUUACACUUGAAAAGGCUUUUCUAAAGCUGAGUUUGAUAUUAAAAAUAAAUAUAUUAACUUGCUUUCUGUGUCAGAAUAUGAGAACGCUAUUCUAUAGAGAGAAAGCAUUGCUGCAGUUGUAUGCUACAUGAAAACAGCUGAUGGCUCGAAGCACAAAAUGACAGGGAAUUCUUCCUUGGCCCUAUGGUGAGCAUUAAACCUUCGAUUUGAAAAACUCUAUGUAACUCUAAAAUCAAUAGAAUUAUAGUUCAUAUUUAUAUUCAGUAUUUACAGAAUAUAUUAUCAAUCGUCAUAUUCCAGCUUUAUGUUGGAAUUUAUGCACUGGAAAUCUCUGUCAGUGACUAGAAUUUGUUUUGGUUGUAGAUCAUUAAAAAUAGUUUGACUACACCGAGUUCUAAAAAUUGUAAUUCCUGAGGUAAUGGUACAUGAUGCGUGCCAUAUGUGGAAACGACAAAAUGUUAUCAUGAAAUUUGUCUUUCUGGUCAAACUAAAGCUUUUCUGUAUUCCUGUGUGUUAUUUCAACAUAUGAAUUUAUAGGAGUCACUGAAUUUAUUUUUUAAGAUUUUUUUGCCUGUUGAAUUAGCAGCACCAAGAGAGUGCUAAAAUGCUAGUGUGAAAAUCAGGCCUAUGCAAAAAGCAGCGAGGGUUUGUGGCACACUGCGCUUGACAAGGCAAGGGAAACAUUCGGAGGUUUUGACUUCUUUGAAUCUGGAGGUUGAUUACCUUGAAAAUAAGAAAUGGGUCAUGCCUGAAGCACUUUUAAGUAAGCCCCUUCUAAGGAGAGGGGUGUGAGUGGAGAAAAUGGGAGAUAGAUAGUUUCUUUCUGAAUCUUGUUUUGAAACUGAUGUGUAUUUGUGCUUCAGUGGAAUUGAUUCUUUUUGCAGAACACAAAUGUUUGCAAGAAGUACAUCUCAGUUCUUCACAAGGCGCUUACUGAGCUGUCAGCUUUUGCAAAAAGUCCACAUAUGUGUACGUAAAAUCUUAAGUGAAAGAUAUUAGAUAGAUACAUACCACUCAAGACCAAAUUUUGUCAUAUGUUUAGGGUGAAAGGCAGUUAAACUUCAGGAGAGUUUCCCUGCCAUGGUUGCAAUACAUGAUGUUGAGAUUCUUCUUGCAGACGGGUAUACCAGUUCCAGGUCUUUGCUUAGGUCAGUACUUUGAUGUGUUAUAAACUAAGGGAAGUGAUCAGGCUAAACAGUAUGCAGCUGUAUGGACAUAAAUCUGGAUAUGUUACCUAGAAUAAGCUAAUCAACAGUCAUUUUCAGAUUGCCGCAUAUUAUAGAAAUUAUAAAAAAAGGGGUGGUGGAAUGCACUUUAAAAUUCCUUUUAAAAGGAAAAUCUUUAUAGUACUGUCAGAAAAUAAAAGAAUUCUGUUACUUACAAACCUGAAAGCAAAGCUGAUUCAAUGAUUAGGGACAUUAUUUGCCAGUGUAGAGCUAGACAUGAUGCACAAAAAAUAAUCCAGGAUGUAGGAAUGUUUAGUUGUCUGCUUUGUUUUUUAUGAAAUAAUCUGUAUCAAAGAGGAUGAGAUGAACGGGCACCAGUCUAAACUCUUCUUGUUAGUUAAAAAGUGAAACAGGUCAACAAUAUUACUGGUCUAACACUGUGUAAAUUAAAAGGUAGUACGCUACAUUCAUUGUCUAACACUGCAUAUUAGGAAAGUCUGAAGACAAAUGAGCCUGCUGAAGUGCCUUUCUCUUUCAUCAGACUUAUUUUAUCAGUGGGACACCUGAGGAUCUGAAAAGCACAUUAUGGGGUUUCUUUCUGUUAGCCAAAAAAACCCACCUCAGUUCAUACUUACAAUUAUGUAGCUUUUAUAAUAUUUUAAAAGGCAGAUCUAGUGUUUUUUAUGUUGGAAUACUGACUCCUGCAUGUUGGUGAAGAUGGUAAUUGUUGUAAACCCUGGGUUUUUUUGUAUUUUAUGUUUGAAAAGAAAUUUUAAAAAAUUAUAUCUUUAGCAAUAUCAACAGUAGUAUCUCUUAAAAAUGACAUGGGAUCUGAUUCAACUUCGUAAGUCAAGAGUAAGCAUCUUGAAGUCACUGGAUUUACAGGUAUGAAACUGGAAUUUUAACUUCAAAAAUAUAUGUUUAUAUAUAAAAACUAUUAUAAUGAUAAAAAUCUUUUUUUUCAGCUGCUAACCUUCCUUGCCAUUAGAAGCAGAAAGUGGAUGGAGAUAGGUACUUAAUUCUUAUUUUCUAGAACCAAUUUUUAUCUCAAUUUGGAGCCUAGCCUUCAUUGUUUAUAUAACAAUUUAUAUUGUUUUUAAUUCAGUGGAAUUAUGCAAAACAUAGUACUAUGCCUACAGAGUUAAAAAUUAGCAUUCUUUUAUAGUAGUUUGUACUAACUUCUGGCGCACUUUAACAGUAGUCAGCUACAUGUGUAUUGAAGAAUUUAUAUGAAAGCUGCUUUAAAUUACUUUAAUCUGAGCCCCCUUUUCUUUUAAAAGCAGUGUUCAGGGUGUUCUGAUUACAAGAAAAAAAAAUGGCUUCAGAUUUAUUUCUUAGGACCGGCAAGGGAAAACACUGUUAUUAUUUUUAGUAUUGGCACUGUGAGCUUGAAAACUAUGAUAUUUGGUUUUUUCAGUCAGUCUAAGACAUAUUGAACAUUCCUAUGUUCCCCGUCCCCAAAAUGUACUGGUAUUUUAUUCCCCAGUUAACUGAUUCAGUUCAUUUGAAGCACUUGUUCCACUUCAGUUCAUGCUACAACAGUAACAUUUUUACAACAUCUUAUUGCGUAGAAAGGCACUUUUUAGUGUUCACUACAGCACGGAGUUCAUAAAAAGCCUGUCUCUGAGAUGCUGAAAGGUGGGUGAAGUGAUGGCACUGAAUGUGCUCACCACCUUGCACAUUGGAGCCUUAUAUUCAAACUAUAUAUAACAAACACUUCGUUACCUUGGCAGUCAUUUUCAAAACCACUCUGAUAAGGAUAUUGCUGUAAAACAUUCUUGAUAUUUAGCGUCCUGGUUUUAAGCAUUUCUACCUUUUUAUAUUUUGUCAGAGGUGUCUUUUCAUCUCUGUAUUUACUACAGUAUCAGUGUCUGUUGCUGAAAAUGUAACUAAGAUUUGUAAAAUGUUAUAGCUUAUGCAAUAUAAUAAAAGUUUUAAAAAGUUA